AUGGUAUUUGGCUGCUCACCUCUGCUUUCAUCGAAAAGGUCUUCACCUUCUAGUUCCUUUGCGAGUUCAUUACUCGAUCGGUGGAAGGGUUGCCGGCCUACACCUCUCCUGAGAGCUAAGCCCCAUCGUCACAUCAAUCGUUAUAGGUGGGAGCCUUUGCAUCAGAUCUUGGCACUAUGCAGAUCUCCAAGCAGAGGGGUACUCUCUGCAUGCUUGGUGCCACCUUGUCACCUACCUCAUGACUCCAUCUGCAGAAAGUUGCUACUGAGGAUCUGCAGAAAGUUGAUGCUGAUCUGAGGUCUUCCAUCUGGAAGCAGAUGUCUGAUGCUGGGAUUAAGUGCAUCCCCAGUAACACCUUCUCAUUCUACGACCAGGUGCUUUACACCACGGCAAUGCUUGGGGCCGCUCCUGACAGAUAUGGCUACACUAGUGGAAAGAUUGGACAUGACAUCUACUUUUUCCAUGGCUAG